AUGGGACAGCGUCGGCAAUGGCGGCCAUUGCCAAUUCUCGCUCUUGCCAUGGCUGCUCUGAAACUUGGGCACUUGGCAUUUUCAGAGCCCUCCAGGACAGAUGCACAUGCUGCGCCUUUGCGCAGGCAGCUUGUGCAGGGUUUGGCACAGGUGGGACUUGCUACAUUUGAACCAGUCUGGGCGGCUGCCAGAACUUCUGAAGAGAGAACAGCUGCACAAGUCUUCCGUGAUGCGACACCUGGCGUCGUCUCAGUGUCCCGUGGACUUCGUCCGGGUGAAAGACGUCGAAAUGGGGAAGAUGGCUUACCGCCUUCAUUGGGAAGUGGUUUUGUUUGGGACCAAAUGCAUGUGGUGACGAACUAUCACGUUGUCAGAGAUAUUGGGCCGCAAGAUUUGCAGAUCGUUUUCUUGGACACUACUUUUGGAUCUGGUGGGGGCUCUGGCUCCGAUGACUUUCCCAAGCGAGAAGUACUCAAGGGAGAGCUGAUUGGAUCCGAUCCCUUCACUGAUACUGCCGUCAUCAGAAUUAUAUCGCGAAGCACAAACCGGUUGGUGCCGAUGCAUCCUCUGCCAAUUGGAGAAUCAGCAACGCUUGAAGUAGGACAGAGCGUGUAUGCUAUCGGAAAUCCUUUCGGUCUCGAUCAUAGCAUGAGCAAGGGCAUCAUCUCGGGAAAGUCUCGAACUUUGGAUAUUGGCGAGAGGCCGAUUCAAGGGUGCAUCCAAACUGAUGCUUCAAUCAAUCCAGGAAAUUCUGGUGGUCCGCUUCUUGAUGCAGCUGGCCGAGUCAUCGGUGUCAAUACAGCGAUCCUCACAGCGAGUGGCACAUCUGCAGGUGUUGGCCUUGCCAUUCCAGUUGACACGGUGAAGAAGAAUGUGGAGCUGAUUCUUAAGCAGGGCUUCGUGUCCAGGGGCUUUUUGGGUAUCACAUUCGCCCCAGAUGGUAUCUCUGAUGCUCUGCAGAUCCCGGGUAUCAUUGUUUACUCCGUGGUCGCAAACAGUCCAGCAGAGAAAGCUGGGGUUCGCCCCAUGCUGAAUGGUACAGUUGGCGACGUCAUCACUACGCUUGAUGACAAGCCCAUCCGAACUGGAUCCGAUAUCUUCAAACUGCUGGAUAAGCAUGUUCCCGGUGAUUUGGUAUUGCUGGGUGUACGGAGGCAGGAGUUUGAUUUGGCUCAAUGUAAGACAAUGUAA